GUUACUGGGAGGAUUGUAAUAACUGUGCUUAUGGCCGAAACGUCGAAUUUCCUGUUCCUUGGAUGUUGCCUGACCUGCUGCGCUUUAACCAGCAACACAUUUUCAGUCAUCACUGUGUAAUAACCAUGUGAAAUUAUCGCAGCCUAACCGAGGGAUAACGCCGUUUUCGUGUCUCGCAAGCGAUAGGAAAACGGGUUGCGGGACUGUUCUCCAGGAUGGGGGGGGGAAAGCUGAAGGAAUAUGAAGUGGUCGGGAUUUGAAUGAAAAAGCUACUGUCAACUACACAACCAAUUUUGAAUGCUGUCCUGUGGAAGAUGUUGUGGAGAUCUUUAAUUCCUAUUCUUCUUAUCCUGCAAUCGUCAGUCGAAGGGGCGUUUAUCGUUAACACUUCAAAUAAGCCAACCGUCGUCGCCGUUGGCCGAGAUGUUGUUCUGGAGUGUCAGCUGAUCCCAGCGGCAGCCCCUGAGGAAAUGGAAGUGCGGUGGUUCCAAAAUGGCUGGCAGAGGAUCGUACAUAUGUACCGGAAAGGAAAGGACGAGCCCGAUGAGCAAAUGAAAGAAUAUUUCGGGAGGACAGAACUGUUCCACAACGAGUUUGGUAAAGGCAACGUCUCCCUCCUGUUGAGGAACGUGACUGUGAAAGACAACGGCAUGUUCAGAUGUUUUGUCAUCUCCAAAGCUCAGGACGCGGAGGGAGCUGUCGAAUUGAAAGUUGGAAGUUUUGACUGGGAAGUCGGAAUGGCUUUGCCAACUCAGACCGUCAGAAUGAGAAACGUUAAACAUGUUCUCAGCUGGGCUCCGCUUUCGAAAGGGAGAGUGACCACUAAAUCAAAUGACACAUCUGAGACGUCCACUGAAUGCGCGUCAGAGGGUGUGGGCCGUCAGCCGGCGGUGAAGAUAGCUGGCUACGAGGGUAAUGGAAUCGAGCUUGUGUGUGCAUCCGACGAGUGGUUUCCGGAACCGAGGAUAGAAUGGUGGAACAGCAACGGAGAGAAAUUUACCGGGGUCUCCGAGAAACCCGUAGAGGACGCCAGAGGACUCUUGAAAGUGGGGAGCAGUAUUGUCGUGAGCCAUAAUGCUGACAACACGUAUAAGUGCGUCGUCACUAAUCUACUGCUGCAGAAAGAGCGGGAGGCCAUCCUGCAGAUAUCAGGUGACGUCUUCCCCACGGUCUCCGGCUGGCUUGUGGCUUUCUGGGUCAUCUUCAUUGUCCUCCUGGCAGUGUGUCUUCUUCUUUUUUACUUCUGUCGGAAAUAUCGGGGACAACGCCAUCAAAUAAGAAAGCUAAUGAUGAGACCUGCCAUCAAUGAGUAUGAAGCAUUGAAUGCAAAGUUCAAUCAAGCAUGUGCAAGUGCAGAGAAAGAAAAAAAUGAGCUGUUAAAGCAGAUAGAAAAUGAAAAGCAGGCUGCUAAAUUAGAAUGCGAGAAGCUUCUCCAUCUUAUAGAAUGGGACAAGAUGCUCCGAUGUGCAGUUUCAGUCACCCUGGACCCGGAGACAGCCAACGGGCAUUUGGAAGUCUCGCCAGAUCGCCUGUCAGUCAAGGAUGGCGGGGGCUGGCGCAACGUGACCGAGAACCCCAAGCGCUUCGAGCGGUACCCUUUCGUCGUGGCCAGUGAAGGCUUCCGGGCGGGCACGCACUACUGGGAGGUGGAGGUGGGCGACUCCAACAACUGGGACCUGGGCGUGGCACGGGCGUCGGCGCAGAGGAAGGGCCGCGUCGAGCUGUCUGAGGAGAACGGCUACUGGGUCAUGGGGCGCUACUGGGAGAAGUACAAGGUGAAGAACACGGAGCUGACCCUCGACAGGAAGCCCGCCCGGGUGGGGGUUUUCCUCAACCUGAAGGAAGGGCUGCUCUCCUUCCACGACGCAGAGACCAAAACCCAGCUGUACGCCUUCCAGACCCACUUUGGAGAGGAGGGGGAGGAGAUCUUUCCAUUCUUCUGCCCUUGGCGGUCUCAGGAGCCGCUGAAAAUCACUCCCGUCACGCCGGAGGACUGAGCCGCGGCGAAAGUGGACGGUCGGAGUGGGCACGGAAAUAUCUCAGUGGAGGUGCCAGUCAGAAAGCAUCACCUAACCACUUUCCCAUACUUGGCCAUGUCUGACUUAGCAUCGAGUGUGCCGGACGUCAGGUGCCCGUUUCUUGCUUGCCUGCUUUUGUCUGUGAAGUUCACCCGGAGUGGACUGACACUAACAGUCUGAGUCCUAACCCUAUUGCCAGCCUGGUCCUGCUUGAUGUGAUUCCUGUGGGAUCAGGUGCACUGGUCACGACCGAGAACCAGCCGGACAGCUUAGAAACUAACCAUACUUUCCCCAUCUGACCUCGGUCGUGUCUCUUUGUACCCUCGCUCUUUGUGUUUUAUUUUUAAGGUAUUCUUUCUUAACUUAAAUCCCUCAAGAACUGCAUGAGGAGUUGGAAGGAUUUUCCAGCAGACCGCCAACUUGUGUGAACUGAGCUCCCACGUCCAGGCUCACGUCCUGGACGGUAACUCGAAGCCAGAGCCUUGUCUCGCUCAGAGACACGGCAGCUACUGACUGAACCACAGGAUGUGCCUCUAAGAGGCUGAUCCCAGUGCUGCCUCCCAUCCCAGAGUGGGACUUGAACCUCAGUUGCUGUCUCCCGAUGUGCCAUGGCAUACUCUCACGCAUCUGGGAUUGUGCCCAGCACCCUCUCUCUCAUGUGGAGGGAUGACAGAGGGUCUUGAAUCUAUUGCCUUAACCUCACAGUCCUGACUACAACCAAAGUGUCCAUUUAGAACUAUUUAACUGUGGAUAAUUUAAACUCCCCUGCCUGAUAUCCUGGGUGUUAAUUCGCACGAUUAACAGUGUUUUUUUAAAAUCAGUUUGUACCAGAAACAAUCUGAGUCUAGAUUAGAGUGGUGCUGGAAAAGCACAGCAGUUCAGGCAGCAUCUGAGGAGCAGUAUUCCUGAUGAAGGGCGUUUGCCCGAAAUGUUGAUCCACUGCUCCUCGGAUGCUGCCUGACCUGCCGUGUUUUUCCAGCACCACUCUAAUCUAAACUCUGGUUUCCAGCAUCUGCAGUCAUUGUUUUUACCAGAAACGAUCUGUCCAACGACUAUUGAACAUUCCUUCCAUCACUUUCAUAUCAGCUCAUCCGUCAGACAAUGUGAAAUUAAACCUGUUCGUUGAGCUAUAGGGAGAGGCUGAACAGGCUGGGGCUGUUUUCUCUGGAGUGUCAGAGGCUGAGGGGUGACCUUAUAGAGAGGUUUACAAAAUUAUGAGGGGCAUGGAUAGGGUAAAUAGGCAAAGUCUUUUCCCUGGGGUCAGGGUGUCCAGAACUUGAGGGCAUAGGUUUGGGGUGACAGGGGAAAGAUAUAAAAGAGACCUAAGGGGCAACUUUUUCACACAGAGGGUAGUACGUGAAUGGAAUGAGCUGCCAGAGGAAGUGGUGGAGGCUGGUACAAUUACAGCAUUAAAAGGCAUCUGGAUGGGUAUAUGAAUAGGAAGGGUUUGGAGGGAUAUGGGCCGCGUGCUGGCAGGUGGGACGAGAUUGGGUUGGGAUAUCUGGUCGGCAUGGACGGGUUGGACCGUGUUUCUAUGCUGUACAUCUCUGUGACUCUAUUUCAUUUUUCUUUUCCUGUUUCUCUGUUCAGUUGUAACAGCGAGUGCUGAGUGGAACAGAUGAACUCAGUGCUGUUAUGACAUUUAUUUCUGCAUGUGGUGUUGCCUUGAAAGUGCCUGGCUUGUACCUUUCAGAUCUGAGUAUAACGUGAGAGCUAUUUUCCACUCUCCUGACUCCCCGUGUCUCUCCCCUCCUCACUCCACGUUUGGAAGCCUGUAUUGAGAAGGUGGGACAAGCGACUUGUGUUUUCAAGUUGGACCUUGUCAGAGGAUUUUGGCAGGUACCUGUUAUCCGAAAGAGCAAAGGAAAACUCGGCUUUUGUGGCACUGAGUGGACUGUCUCAGUUUAAAGUUGUGCUGUUUGGUGAGAAGGAAGCGCUAGCCAUAUGUCAAAGGCUAGGUAACAACAAUGCCUGCAGAUGCUGGAAACCAGAUUCUGGAUCAGUGGUGCUGGAAGAGCACAGCAGUUCAGGCAGCAUCCGAGGAGCAGUAAAAUCGACGUUUCGGGCAAAAGCCCUUCAUCAGGAAUAAAGGCAGAGAGCCUGAAGCGUGGAGAGAUAAGCUAGAG